AUGGAAGAAAUAUGGAACAAAUUUUCAUGUGCAUGUACUAAUGGAGAUUUAAAUACACUUCACCAUAUAAUUUCAAAUGGAUUGCUCAAUGUGAAUGCAGUUGAUAAUAAAGGAAGAUCGGGAUUGUUAAUGGCAGUAUGCAGAAACCAAGUCGAAGUUGUUAAAUAUCUACUAUCGAACGGAGCUGAUCCAACUCUAAAAGAUAUAAACAAUAACAAUGCAUUACAUUUAGCGUCUAUUAGCGGUUCAUCACAAAUUGUAUCAAUCAUUUUAAACUAUCAAAAUGAACAACAGCAACACCAACAACAACAGCAAUACCAACAACAGCCAUCAAAUUUAAUAAACCAAACUAUAUUAUCAAAAGAUGUUAAUAAUAACACACCAUUACAUUUGGCAAGCUCAAGAUUAAAGAGAAUGCUUUCAAACAUCAAGUCAAACUCAUCCAAUGGUAACUACAAAGAUUCUGAAUUAAUAAAAGAACUAAAAUCGAUUUUGUCAAGCUUUUAUUCAAUUAUUAAUGCAGUCGGUUCGAAUGAAGAUAAACUAAAGAUGCAAUUAAUAAUAAAUAAUUUCGAAAAAGAUCAAAUCUCCACCGAAGAAUACGAGAUGGACGAUGAUGAAAAUGAUGAAAAUGAUACCAACAAUCUAUCAAAAACUUUGGACGAUUUGGAUUCAUUGUUAAAUGGUCUUUCACUUUCAUAA